AUGUACGCAGAAACGGUCGAAGAACGAUUUAUGAAGUUGAACAAAGUGCUUGGACUGAUAUGCGGUGUCUGGCCUCGUCAGAACUCUCGAAGGAAACUGAUCACGCAAAUACUUUCUUUGCUUCUAAUGGCAUCUUCCAUUGUUACACAGAUAGCAAACACCGUGCUAUUCUUCAGCAUGGACAAUCUCGUGGAUGGCAUACCUUUCAACGUGGCAGCGGUUGGGACGUUCGUGAAACUGGGUAAUUACAUUAUAAACGAAACGAAGUUAAAGUCGAUGGUGGAACAGAUAUUCGACAACUGGACGUCGAUCAAAUCUGAGACGGAAUGCAAAAUCAUGGUAACCUAUGCUCGAAAAGGACAACUGAUCGCGUUGUGUUACGCAGCACAUUUGUUCCUUCCCGCGGCCAUAUUCUUAUGCGUGCCUUUCGCACCGAUCAUCUUGGACAUUUGCGCGCCACUGAACAAAACGAGAAAACGUGCGUUCGUUUAUCCAGCCUAUUACUGGAUGGAUCCUGAGCAAUACUACAUGAUAAUGAUAAUACACAUAAAGUUGAAGGUUGUGCACGGAACGUUUUUCGUCGGCCAAGCGUUUCACGUUUUCUUUUUGAACGUCCAGGGACAAUUUGUGAUAAACGCGUUCGACGAACUGUACGACAAGAUAUACGAAUCGCAGUGGUAUAAUUUCACUCCUAGAACACAAGCGUUGUAUGUAUUGGCAUUGAGAAGCUGCCUAAACCCACCUCUGUUAACAGCUGGUGGGAUGACGACGUUGAAUCUACGAUCGUUCGCAGAGGUGGUAAAAAUGUCCGUAUCCUAUUAUACGGUGUUGAAGACAACGUGA